CUCAGUCGCGUCGCACCCUCCGUGCCGUGCGGACGCGCCGUACUCAUGCAUAUCACCACACAUCAGAUUAAAAUGAUCGUUUUAAUUAAAAUUGUGAUAAAUUACAAAGUUGGUAUAAAUUAAAAAAAUAUUUCCCUAUCAGUCUUUAAAGUCUUGAUUUAAUUAGAACUCGAAAGUGAGUUUCCUUUGUUAGGAUUGUCUGUGGUGAAGGCGGUUAAGUCGGUUUAGAUAAUUGAUGUCAAUUUAAUUUUAAAAGUCACCAUGUGGCAAUUCGAGGACUCGGAGAUAUAUUCCAUAGGGAUGAUCCAUCCCUCACACAGCCGGCACUCGGGGCUGUCGAUGCUGUCUGGAGUAUCACAGUUUUCAGGAAUCUCCACAUUAUCCGGAUGCGGUUCCCCGGACACGCUGGACCGGCUGCCGGAGCUGCCGGCGGCGGAGGAGAAGCGUCUGCGCCGAGCUGCACAGGUGCUGCAGCAGCGGCUCGUGCUGCGACAGUGGCUGGCUACACAUAGGCUACAGCAUUGUUAUACCAAACUCCUUAGUCUCGAUGUAUCCUCUCUGGAGGACGUGUACUGGCUGGAGGACAGCACAGCGCACCACGUGCUGGACCCCAAAGACUUCGGCGCGUGGUCCGCUGCCCGCCAGAGUCUACCCACUGGUAAGGAGGCGCUGCAGACCCUGAAAGCUGACCUCUGGAACGUUGUGGUCAAGAAUAGUAAGCACCAGGACGCUUGGACUUGGGGGGGCAUGCUGGUGGUGUCGGUGUCGGUGUGUGGCCUGGUCACCCUGGCGGCCAUGACACAGCCCUCCCUCGCGCCGGAGGCCAAGCACUCCCUGCUGCAGUACGUCACCGGGAAGUAUCUGCAUCCACCUAGUUGUAAGGUGGAAUGGGGCUGGACGGAGCCUCAAGCUGUAGGCGAGACAAUGUGCUUCACAGUCCACUGCUUCCAGCGGAAUGGACACCCGUACCCCAUCUGUGACACAGAUGAGCUGACCGUGACUAUCAGUCAUGGCACAAGGAAGCAGGUGACGGCGGUCAUAGAGCUGGGGUCAGGUGACCCGGCGCAGGCUAACACUGCCCGCGUCAAGUUCACCGUCCGAACUGCUGGCGUCUACAUCAUUUCAAUCAUGAUUGGUGAGAUGUCGAAUGUCUUUAGUCUGGUAUCCAUUAGCGGUAGCCCUUAUCGCAAGUGGUUUACGGCGGGCAGAGUAGAGGCGCGGCGCUCGCGCGUGGGACGGGCGCUGCACGCGCUGGUGUGCGCCGCCGGCCACGCGCGCGCGCUGCACGUGCAUCCGCGCGACCAGUACGAUAAUCCCGCGCCGCUGCCUGAUAGUGAACCACCUAAGGGCUUCACCAUUAAGUUAAACCCCCUCGGAGGGGAAGUAGACGAGGAGCUGUCCUCAUCAGCGACCUUCACAUACGACGCGGUGAACCAGCGCGUGAGUGUGGCGCUGUGCUUCCCUCGCGCCGGCGUGUAUCGCGCCAAGCUCAUGUAUGAGGGCGUCAUGCUGUUGAAUGGGGAGUUUGACUGUAUCGUGCUGACUGCGAGCGACACGGCGACGGUGCAGCGCAACAUGUCGUCGAAGCGCCACAACAUCUGCUACGAGGCGCGGCUGGUGUCGGGCAAGCCGCGCCGCGUGCUGUGCUGCAUCAGCCCCAAGCAGCUCACCAUCAAGGACUAUAUACUCAAGUUUAUACCUAAGAGGAUUACUAGCUUCAGAUUGUGUCCUUCAACUAAGUUAAUCCUAAAGCCGACGCCAGAAGGUUCAGGUCCUGGUGGCGAGUUCACUCUAGAAGAUGGAGUACAGCCACAGUUGGAAUUAGUGUCUCCCGAGCGAGACCUCAUCGCCGCCACCUUCACGCAGCUGCUGCUCGCCAAUUGCGGCGGAGAGGAUACCUUUAAGAACAAGCAAGACUUCUUCUACAGCGAGAUCCGCAAGGCUCACUCGCGGCACCCGCACGACAAGCUCGCCAUCCGCGUGCUCCGCGCAGAGCUGCUCCGCACCAGCCUCAAGGCCACGCGCCACUUCACCGUGCAGGACUGGUGCAAGAACUUCGACGUCACCUUCCAGGGGGAACAGGGUGUGGACUGGGGCGGAGUGCGUCGCGAGUGGUUCUCUCUGCUGUGCGGUCAGCUGUUCGACUCCAAGUUCGGGCUGUUCGUGUCCUUCCAUGACUCUCCCACCGGCCUCGUGCAUCCCAACCCUGAUAGACCGGCGCAUCUCAAGUUGAAGCACUUCGAGUUCGCGGGCAAGCUGGUGGGCAAGUGCCUGUACGAGUCGGCGCUGGGCGGCUCCUACCGCCAGCUCGUCCGCGCCAGGCUCACCAGGUCCUUCCUCGCGCAGAUCAUCGGCCUCCGCGUGCACUAUAAGUACUUCGAGCAGGACGACCCUGAGCUGUACCUGUCGAAGAUCAAGUACGUGCUGGAGACAGACCUGGACGGCGGCGACUCCGUGCCCGAGCUGUACUUCGCGGACGACGUGUACGACUCCUCGGGCAGGCUGCUCGAGACGCAUGACCUGGUGCCCAACGGAUCCACUAUACGGGUCCGCAACAGCAGCAAGAUCUCGUACCUGGACGCGCUGGCGCAGUGGCGGCUGGCGGCGCGGGUGCGGGCCGAGACCGACGCCUUCCUGCGCGGCCUCACGCUGCUCGUGCCCGACAACCUGCUCGCCAUCUUCGACGAGAACGAGCUGGAGGUAUGUGCAACAUGUCCCCCCACAGGGCGGCUAGCGGCGCGGGUGCGGGCCGAGACCGACGCCUUCCUGCGCGGCCUCACGCUGCUCGUGCCCGACAACCUGCUCGCCAUCUUCGACGAGAACGAGCUGGAGGUAUGUGCAACAUGUCCCCCCACAGGGCGGCUGGCGGCGCGGGUGCGGGCCGAGACCGACGCCUUCCUGCGCGGCCUCACGCUGCUCGUGCCCGACAACCUGCUCGCCAUCUUCGACGAGAACGAGCUGGAGCUGCUAGUAUGCGGCACGGGCGAGGUGUCGGUGUCGGACUGGCGCGCGCACGCGCUGGUGUCGGGCGCGGGGCGCGACUGGGAGCGCGUGCUGGGCUGGCUGUGGGCCGCGCUCGCCAACUUCAGCACCGAGGAGAGGGCGAGGUUGCUGCAGUUCACUACCGGCUGCUCGCAGCUGCCGCCGGGGGGCUUCCAGGAACUAAACCCCCGCUUCCAGAUAACGGCAGCUCCGAACUUCGGCGCCCUCCCCACCGCACACACGUGCUUCAACCAGCUGUGCCUGCCCGACUACGACAGCUACGAGCAGCUCGUGCACGCGCUGCUGUGGGCCAUCAACGAGGGCGGCGAGGGCUUCGGCAUGAUAUAAGGAGGGGGAGUAUGGAGGGGGUUGCUCGAUUUGGGAGAAAAAAAAUUUUGAACAGCCUGUGUUUUGGUUAAUUUUGUAAUUGAAGCUUGGAGAGAAAUAAAUUAGGCAAGGUGGUUAAAAAUACACAGAUAUGGAUACAGGACAGGUUUUGUCGAAAUUGGAGCAAUUUUUUAAAAUAUUCGCGUGGUUAUCGUUUGAAAGCUAGAGACAUUUAUCUAUUUUUUGCGUGAAAAGACGUGAUGAUAUUCAUCAUGAUGGGACCAACCCUGAAAACUUUCAAAAAACAGCAGUUUCCUGUUGAUCCCUUUUCCAAAAUAAAAAUAAAUAAAUAAAACAUGUUUCACCAAAUCGAGCAAGUUCCUCCAUGUUGAAUAAUUUUCAAUUAUUCUAUCUCACAUUGGCGCCUCAAUCUACGUAAUAUAAUUUGCGUUAUUGUAAAACUAAACUAAGUAUUUGUAAACGAGAACAGAAACACUGUUCUCUUAAAUUAUUUAGCGCCUAAAAACCCACUGGUGGGCAAAAUUACUUUAUUUAUUUAUAAUCGCGGGAUCGAAAAUGUGCAAUUGAAAUGUAACUAACAUAAGCGAGCGGAUCAGUCUCUAACUAGUCAUAACUCUACGUCAGAUUAUUGUAAAAACGUAUUUAUGAUUCGCGUAAUGGCCCAGGAUGGCUUAAGGUGACCUAUGGUGGCCUAUUUUGGCCCAUGUUGGCCCAUAAUGACCCAUAGUGGCCUAUGAUGGCCACACGUCCAUUAUAUACGGGGAAUAAAUCGGAUACGAUUCCAAUUCUCCCUUGUGAAAGUAAUAAUUAAAUAUUGUACAUAACACGUGGGGUCUGCGCGUAAAACUUUAAUGGAAUCCUGCCAAAGAAGAAGUCCAUCUUCGUGGAAUUGAUAAACGUAUGACAAUAACGAUAAUGUUAACAUCUAUGUUUAUUGUCUAUGUUAAUAAUAUUAAGCGAGUUAAUCAACUCGGGAAAGUUAACUUAAUGACUCGAUCGUAAUUGAUAAAAAAUAAAUUAAAAUUUUAACAUUGUAACACUAUUGGCAAAAAGAUAUUAAAAUUACACUAAAUUUGAAUUUAAAGCAAUCACAUCGCUUUUGUAAGAUUUUAAUAUAAGUACAUUAAACAAUGUAUUAAACUGACAGAGAUUCAAAUCGUAUUGUUAGCAUUUUGCUUUAAGUCACUUAUUUAUUAAUAAGCACUGUCACGCCAAACUGCUUAGAAACACGUUAUAUUUUAUUAAAUAACUUGAUAAUUGCGCAAAGCAGAGAUUUUCGAAUAACUCGCAAGUUUAUUGCGAAUUUUACUUUUCUUUAUUUAUCGCGUUUAGUUGUUCUAUCGUGUAUGAGGUAUUUAUUUGGGUAUCUCCUUUUUCCGUUUUCUCCGACGCUACCAUACUUUAAAUUAACAAAAAAAAAUAGUAGUGUUUAUUUAGAUCUGAAGAGAAUAUUGAAAUUAUAGUCCUAUUGUAGACAUGUAGAAUAUUUCUCAAAAAAACCUGAAUUUAUACUAUAUUUUAUUCGUAAAAAAGUAUUUUGCGGUAAUGUUCUUAAAUAUUAAACAAUUUACUUAUUGUUUAUUAUUAUUUUGUUACGUAAUGUUUCACAGUAUUUAUACAACUUUGUAUAAAAGAAAAUCUUAUAAAUAAAACAGUUCGGUUUUAGAUUUUAAAUAAUUCUACAACUCACUUUUAUUCAUCUUGAAAUUAUUUAAAAACUGAAAUCCAAUUCGAGAUUUAAAAUACUUAAUUUUAGUACAAAAAUAUAUUUUGGCCUAAACUGUUCUAUAACUCCAAUCUAAACUCCAAUGUUGCAUUUAAUAUAAAUAAUUACGAUUAAAUAAUAAUGUCUAAAAUAUAUUUAACUAAUUAAUAAAUCCAGUGAAUGUAUACUUCAGUGUGAGAUUGUCCUUGCAUGUAUAAAUUACAUUAAAAGUUAUCAACAUAGUUUGGAGAAAAGGCUAAAAUUACUAUUUAUUAAUACAUGAAACCAAAGUUUUAGAGCCUUUUAGCCUAUUGUUGAUAACUUUUAGUGUAAAAAAUGUUCUUUACUUAGGAUAAAGCAAUGAUGUUAGUGUUCAAUCAAAGAUAUUAAUAUAUAAUUAUAAUAUAAUUUAGUGACUUAAGUUUCAAUAUAUUAUUUCGGCUCUAGUCAUACGAUACUUCUAGGUUUCGCAAUAUGAUUGCAUUUAUUGUUUUGGGGAGAAGGCACUAUUUAUAUAUUUUAUUUACUAUUGUUAAAGUAUUUCAUUUUGAAAAUGAGUAAGAUAUUUUAUUUAAUACAAAUACUGGUUAUUAUUUUUCAAUUUAUCACUAAUAGUAACAAACCAGAGUAUUAUUUUUAUUUGAUAUAUGUUUGUAGUCAAAUGUGUUAAAUGAAAAAGGUGUCCGUUCCCCAAACACAUUCGCACAGUUUUAGCUAGCAAUUAGCUAUUAAUUUACUUAGUAUUUAUUUUAAUACUAACGCCAUAUUUGCUACUUAUUCUAAAAAUAUUACAUUAUGCUGUACUGCCUGAUUAGUUUGAAUACUACUUAUAUCGGGCAUAAUACGUAUUUAUUUGAAAAAGUUUACUUUUUUGUCUCGUAGCAAAUAUGACGUUAUAGAAUAGAAAUUCAAAUCAUUCUUAUUUAUGUACAUUAAAUUCAUAUAAAUAGGUAGCUGACAUCUUGUAAAUAUCUAUCUCAAACCUAUUGUUUUGGCCUAGCGGGACUACGAUCAAAAGCAUGCUUCAAUAAUAAAGGUGAUACUAUUGACCUUAGAGCCGCCGUACACGGACUGUUUCAAGCAGUUGAGACCGACUGCUUAAAGCCGCGACCGCGCAGUGAACUAUAGUCAUUCAUUCGCUGCCGUACACACGACUGCUCGAGCAGUCGCGACCGCUUCAAGCCGUCAACUGCAUGAUGAAAUUCCAUCGUGCCGUCGACCGCUCGCGAGCGGUUGCGAGGCAUACACCGACUGCUCGAGCCGUUGACUGCGCUAGAGCAGUCGACAGCUCUCCGACUUCCCUCUCCCCUCCGCCCUUUGCGGCCUCGCGGCGUCUGUUUUCUCAUUUGACUGCUCGAGCAGUUGGGUCGUAGCUCGAGCAGUCAACAACCGACAGCUCAAGCAGUCGACGCCGACCGCUCGAGCGGUCCGUGUAUUUCACUCAGCCGCUAACUGCUCGAGCAGUCCGUGUACGGCGGCCCUUAGAAUCACUUGAAAUGUCCUGCAAGAAAUAUGAUCAAUCUUUUAAAAUGUGUGUAUGCUAAAUUGAGGUUUCUACGGCUCUUUAGAAUGAUCUCCUGUAUUUUUAUUUGCUUCAGAACGUAGUUCCGCUGGCCUAAUACUUUAAUGUGUAUGUAGAAGGGGACGAGCUGUAGGCCUUAUUCAGAAUCAUUCAUGGCCUUUUGUUGAAAUAAAGUAAUUUUUGUAUCUAUUUACAAAAAUUAAUAGCUUUUCACUUUUAUUUAUGUCAAGUGAUGUUUUCUACAACAAAUCUUGACCAUUUGGUUCGUAAUCAAAGCAUUAUUGUGUUAAAAUUGGUUGUGUCGACAUUGUUAUAUUUAUUUCACUGAUAAAAGACCUAAUUAUCUGUAUUUUUAUAUUGCAUUGAUGUUGUAGUGUGCAAGUGCAGUUCGCCCCAGUGAUAGGAUCCAUUCCAAAUGUUGAUAUUUUGUAGUUGAGACAUUGUUGAUUAGAAAUGUAAGACUGAAAUAAAUUGAUGACGUCAAA